UGUGAGUGUGGAUCUGGUGAGGGCAAACAUAGAGCAGCUCCAGACUGAGUGGGAUGUCUGUGCGAGGGAGCUGCAGGCAGCCCGUGAGCGGGUUCUCACGCAGACCCGGCUGAGAGCGGUUUCUAAUGAACUUGCAGGCUUGGACCGGGUCUUGCAGGAACAGGACCAGUGGUUGGACUCGACCGCGCCUGUAGAAAAGUGCAACAAGAUGGAGCUCGGAAACCUGAAGGGGGAAUGCCAGUCUCGAAUCGCUCAGGUCACCGCCUUCAGUCCCCGACUGGAGCAGCUGUCUGCAGAGGCAGGGUCAAUGGGAGCCCUGCCUUCUCUAAAAGACAACAUGGUGGUGGUUUCUGCACAUCAUGCCUCCACCCUGCAGAAGCUGCAGAGCAGAGAAAAGGAAGUCAAUGAAGCCCUGGCUAAUCUGGAAGCCACGCAGCUGGUACAGUCUGUGGUGGAGGGUCUAGAAGCCAGACUGGCCACUCUGAGGAACGGGAUGGUUGACAUGCCUACAACACAAGAGGCAGUGGAGCGGGCACAGGUCCUGUGUCUGGAUAUUGAGCAAACACAGCAAGCCUCUGACCCUGCAGAACUACAAAAAUGGAGUCAGCUGUCCUCCCGGGCCCGUGAGGAGCUUGGCACUUUGCAGUGCAUUCUGGGUAGCAUGAAGGACAAUCAGGUUCGUUUGGAGCAAGUGGAACGUUGGCUAGAUGCAGUUCAGGAGCUGUUGUCUCGGGAUGCCACAGGGAUGGGUGACACAGAGAGUCUAAGGGAAGAACUGAAUCGGUGCAAGGAGCAUGUGAAUGAGAUGGAGCAGGUGGAAGGUUCACUGAAGCAGAUGGGAGAGAAUGUGAAUUCGGUACAGGCAGCUGCACUACCAGGACUGGCCAGGUGGGGGCAGGACAAAUUGGAUGAGUGCCAGGCUCGGUGGACUUCUCUCAGCAAACAGUUGCUGAGCCAUCAGGAGCGCGUGGCAGAGAGUCAGGAGAAGCAUGUGAAUUUGAGGAAAGACCUGGCAGAGAUGCAGGAGUGGAUGGCCCAAGUUGACGAGGAGUUUCUCAUGAGGGAUUUUGAAUACAAAAGUCCAGAGGAGCUGGAGGCAUCGCUGGAAGAGAUGAAGCGGGCUAAAGAGGAUGUGGUACAGAAAGAGGUGAAAGUGAAGAUCCUGAAAGACAGCAUCAACUUGCUGGUGUCCCGAACAUCACCCACAGGUGGAGGCAGCAGGCAAGAACUGACCUCAGAGCUAGAGGGGGUACUAGCCAACUACCACAAGCUCUGUGACCGCCUCAAGAGCAAGUGUCACACCCUGGAGGAGGUUUGGUCUUGUUGGAUGGAGCUGCUUCAAUACCUGGACAUGGAGCAGAGCUGGCUCAACACUCUGGAGGAGAAGCUCCAAGCUACUGAAAACCUGCCAGAGAGCACCGAGGCCGUUAAUGAAGCCUUGGAGUCUUUGGAGGGUGUGCUCCGCCACGCAGUGAACCGGCAGAUCAGCCUCGAGCAGCAGCUGCAGACACUGAGAGAAAACGAACAGGUGCUCCAAGCGCUGCAGGAGUCUCUGAGCCAGCUGGACCACACGCUCACCUCCUACCUCACUGAUCGCAUAGACGCCUUCCAGCUUCCACAGGAAGCACAGGUACAGCGCACGUGA